AUGCCCGCCAGCAAGGCAGCAAAGCGCAGGCUGGCCAACUUCCAGAAGCUGGCACGCGCCGUGGCACUGGAAAAUCUUGCUGCCGAGGCUGCGCUGCAACGGGCCAGGAUUGGUGCCCCAACGGCGGCCGCCUCAACAGCAGGCCUUCCAACUUUGUUGCCAGAUUGCCGGGGCACUGCCAAAGAGGCUUCGCUGCAGCUUGUCAAAGCCUCGGCGACGACAGUGACUCCCCAGCAGUCGGGUGCGUCAAUCGGCAAGAAGGACGUGAAAAAGUCCAAGCCAUUGCGAACACCUUCGGUCCGGGGUGUUGGGCGCGGAUACUGGGGCGUCGACUAA